ACUGGUAAACUUCAGAACCCUAACUAUCUGAACUGCUGAUACUUUCUGUUGAGGUUUCAAAAAAAAUAUAGAGCAAUUACUAAAUUUGUAAGUUUAUAAGGAUCUCACAAAAUUAACAAUAGGGAAAGUACAUUAAAAGAUUAGAGAACACAUAGGCAAGAAUACUGUGCAAUAAAGGUUACUAAGCAAAGCUGGCCUAAGUUAAAAUUGGAAAUAUGCUAAAACUGAGCAGAAGAUGGGCAAAUCAUAAACCUAACACCAUCACAAGCCAACUUGAACAUAGCUGCUGUUUUCUCCGGUGUUCAGCAAGAAGUAGAACCAGUACAAUAACUGAAACCGCCCAUGUUUGGUUUGAAUUCAACAUGACAAAGCAUUCACAUCAAAAUGUCACUACUUCCCUUAAGCUUCCUGAAAAUAACGCUCUGAAUCAAGAAGCUGAACGAAGCCAAAAAACAGGGAACCAGGCACAUCAACACUGUGGUAGCAAAACUGAAAGAGGAAGGCUAAGAGGGGAGGAAGAGCUGCAAAAGACCUUCUCCUCACAGAUUAAUUCACUAUAUAAACAAGAAGGACUACUGGGGAUCGGUUUGAGGAAGCCCAAAGCUGGCAACAGGUAAUAUGCAGAUGUUCCUGAAGCCGCAUGUCCGCCCUGGGUGGAGCGUCCUUCUUUGUCGAGCGAGGAGCUGUUCUCCCGGCUGGCUCCGGCACAAGAGGAGCGAGCGAGGAAAUAUAAAAGGAUCUUUGGCUUCUUGGAGAAACAGUAAAAAAUGCAAAACGAAAUAAUAAAGCCUGCUAAAUACUUCUCAGAAGUGGAGAAGAGUGUGCUGCUUGCAUUGGUUGAAAAGUACAAAUAUGUACUUGAGUGUAAAAAAAGUGAUGCAAGAACUAUUGCCCUGAAACAACGCACCUGGCAAGCUCUAGCUCAUGAGUAUAAUUCGCAGCCCAGUGUAUCACUGCGAGACUUCAAACAGUUAAAGAAAUGCUGGGAGAAUAUCAAGGCACGGACAAAAAAGAUAAUGGCACAUGAAAGACGGGAGAAGGUAAAAAGAAGUAUUAGUCCACUUAUAAAUACUCACAUCAUAGGGAAGGAGAAGAUUGCCAGCAUAAUGCCUGAGCAAAUGUACUUUUUGCAGAGCCCACCAGAAGAAGAUUCGGAAUAUCACCCUGAUGCUUCUAGUCAAGAGUCAUUUGUCAUCUCAAGUAGAGAACUUUGUGAGGAAGAGAAAGAGCUGGUACAUUUCCCAGUGUGUGAAGGUACCUCCCAACCUGAGCCUUCAUGUUCUGACGUCAGAAUAGCAGCGGAUAAGAACUACAGAAGUAAAGCGUCGCAGGAAAGUGCUCUGAAAAAGAUGCAUGAGGAAGAGCAUCAUCAGCAAAUGUCAAUUUUGCAACUGCAGUUAAUCCAAAUGAAUGAAGUUCACGUGGCAAAAAUACAGCAAAUAGAAAGAGAAUGUGAGAUGGCUGAAGAGGAACACAGGAUAAAAAUGGAAGUGCUAAAUAAAAAGAAAAUGUAUUGGGAGAGAAAACUGCAGACCAUCACAAAAGAAUGGCCUGUAUCAUCCUUUAACAGACCCUUUCCUAAUUCACCAUAGAGCAUAAAGUGGCGGAGUCAGUCUGAUUGAGCACAUUUAUAAGUAACGCGCACUGGCAAGAGGGUGUUUUAAUGUGAAUGUACAGUGACAGGAUAGGUGCCCAGCUGAUAGGGAACACACUUUGAUGCUUAACAUUUAGGGAAACACUGGUAGAGUCUGCCAAGGGCAGAACGGUACUGUUCAUUUGUAGGUAAUCCUGACUUUUGUAACUUUCAGACAUACGCAGUAUUCUAAAAUGUGAACAUAUUUUCUGCUCUCAGAAUACCCUAACAUCCUUUGAAAUUUAAGGUAUUCUGGGUCUUCUUUCAUUGGGUAUUCUUGAAAAAAUGUAACAGCUUUAAACAUCAGAUUAUAGUGUUUAUUUUGGUUUCUAGCUCUUCAUACCUACCAUUUCCUAAAUAAAAGCAAGGGUUGCUCUCUGCUAUUGAGAGAAAAAGCAGUUGACAGAUGUUAUGCUGGUGCACAGAAAAACAAAACAAAGCAAACUUUUAGCCUCUGGUUAAUAUAGUCCGUAACGUACUCUUCAUAGAAGAUGUGAAAGUGAAGGAAGUAGCAAAAGCAACACUGUAGUAAUUGAGCACUUUGCUUGUGAUGAACAGCAGUAAUAUUUUCUAUCUGGCUGGCUGAUUGAGAGAAUGGCUGUGGAGUGGCCCUUGUGUUCUUUGAGCCUUGACCCUUAUGAAGUUGUAAAGAAGGUGACUUCUUCCUCAGAAGCCUCUGUGCUUGUCCUCUCUUUUCCAGGCCUGUCUUGUAUUCAAGUAGAAUACCGAAAUAGGAGGGCCGCAUGCUGCUGCCAAUGCUAUGUGCUGUGCACGUGGAAUCGUUCUGAGGGGAAGACCUUUUUAACAAUUCAUAAAGCUCUUAAAAUGUAGCAAGUCAUCUAGUCCAUCGGCAAAGUUUCCCUCUGUCUCCCCAUGCAAUACUUAGCAGCUAACUGGAGUAUUUCAGCCUCGCUAGAAAAAAGGCUAAGACUUGCCUUCUUUUCCAUAGCUUUGGGUGGUAAGCUAGGGGAUCAUUCCUGUCUUGGAGUUCUGUUUUAUUCUGUCCUGUGUGUUAAGGUGAUGUAUUUCUUUGCUUUGCUGUCAGUGAGAAGUGACAGACAUGAUUUGUAUGAAAGCAUUCCCAUGAAGGCCCCCGCAGAGUUUGGGGGCCCAGAAUAGUCGAUGGUAGGAAAGCACAAAUAAAGAUAAUCCUUCCUUAGGCAAUAGUUUGUUCUAGUGGGGCAAGGGUUAAGAAAAUAUGAAAUACAGAACUCCAUAAAGAUUCAUAAGAUCUUCUGAUGUGUGAAAAGCUGUUUUGUAGGAAGCUGUACUGCUAACAUUUGAAGCAGUGAGAAAAAUGAAGAAAAGCAUAUAUUUUCAAUGAAAAUCCCAAGUAUCCCAUUAUUCAAUAACGCAUUUUUAGGUCACGAUUAAUAAGGUCACAUCUAGACAGAGAGCAACAUAUUUAAAUUAGGGUAUGGCACAAAACAUGCUGUUCUUCCCGGUUACACUCCUAUUUCUUCCCUGGAUAUUCUUUCUGGUGCAAUUUGUUUCGGAUUUGGUUUUUGGCAGUUGGUUUCUUGCUGGUUUUUUUUGUUAUUAUUAUUUUCCCUUUGAACUCCUUUCCCUGCUGGUGAUUCAUCUUUGCAAGCACUGCCAUUAUCAACCACAAUACUCACAGUGGUUAACGCUGUGGUACAUGCACUGCUCCCUUCAACAUGCUAACACCAGCAAAUGCAAUGGGAGUGAUUUAUCGCAACUUAUUUUAUAUUACAGAGGAAAAAAAAAAGCAAUUUUUGCAGAGCUGCUGCAGGAUUAUAGAGCAGGUCAUGUAUGAAAUCUGAAGACAGAUCUUUUUGACAGGAGACUCGGUUUUCUUAUAAAUUGGCUGUAUGAAGGAAGCAGAGGACUUCCAAACGAAGAUAUAAUUAUGGAUGCUUUUUUUCUGCUGCAUGGAAACAAUAUUGGAAAGUAGGACAAUGAUGCACAAUAAUGGUAGAGGCAAAAGAAAGCAGUGAACAGGAGUGAGGACCUUUAUGGUCUGAGGUUGCAUUCUGUGUUUCUGGAAGGCAAGUCAGUUAUUUGAGUGGUUAUGACAGUUGGUUAGGCACCAUCCAGAAAAGAGAUAGAAAAGAUAUUUCUCUUAGCCAGUGAUAGGAUUCUUUCCACACUGCUCCAAAGCGAAAGUAAUUUGAAACUCUGUCAUUAAAACUAAGUGUGCUAAGGUGCCAAGAGGUGACCAAUGGAGACAAUUUCAGCACUGUGAAGAGAGCAAGAAUGGAGAGACAAUCCAGGUCUAGAUAGCCUUGUGGUAAGGUAUGAGUAGUCCAGGGAGAAUCAGUGGUGUUUGAGAUAAGGGUGGUUUUGACUCCAGAAAGCUAUAACGUUGCUCGUGAAAGAUUGUUUUAUUUUUGUAUGUAAAAAAAAGUCAUUUAAAGUAUGCAUGUUUUCAGACUGUACUAAGUGGGUAAUGUCUUUAUUUUGGUAUGCAUACCUAUUCUGAACCCAAAAUUUACAGUUCUUAGGCUGAACAAUAGAACCUUUUAAUUCAGCUUGUACUUCAAAGAAAGAAAAUCAAAGAAAGAAAAUCACAGGAGAAAAAUUAAAAAGAACCAAGAUGAAGAUACGAAAGAAAGAAUGAUCAGUACAUACACAGAGGAAGAAUGGGCAUGUCACACCUAACACAAAUGAUCCAGCAUGCUGUUGUGGUGGGCUUAAUGAAGACCCAGGUUUUUGCUUUCCCAUCUGUGGUCGACUGUUGGCUGCUGUAAGGUUGGUUGAUAGAAAAAUGUCAAAGAUCAGCGUGAUGAAGUAAUGUGUCUCCUUGCCAGGCUUUCACUUCUCCACCUAAUGGCUUUAUAAAGUGAUUGCUGUGAUGGAGUUCAAAUGACAUGAGAAAUGCGGGGUUUUGUUUGCUUGUUUGUUUUCAGUUCCUCUGGUUUUAGAUUUUGUCUUUUCUUUUGUCCAACUUUUCGUAGUUGUAGUAUCGCCAUCCCAGAAAAUGUCAAUUUGUUCCUCUGACUUUUUUUUUCCAGCUUACAUCAUUGAGAUACUUUUCAUAUCAUUGUGUUUUCCUGUUAAACAUCUGGCCAAGCUAAAUAGGCAUUUUCCCAAGUUUUUUCAAAGAUAAACUACAGCAGUGCUAAAAUACCUAUUCUUCUCAGGAUUUGUUAUAAAGUUGUUGGCAAGAAUGAAAUUAAAAGAUACACUGGGCCAAACGAUCCCUGUUUAAUUCCAUAAGAAAAAACAUACCAGACAGAUAUGGAUAUUUCUCGGACUCUGUUCUUACAAAGAGAAGGUAUGACCUUCUAGCCAAGGUGAGGCAAAUUUC